AUGCUGGAUGAAACGAUCCCCAGUGCUACCACCAUCCUAAGCGACCAUAACAUCCCAUACGCGUACUGGUACGAACAUGCGCUGCAUUACUAUGGCUCAAAAACAGUGGUAUUCUCCAUCCAUCUCCUUGUGAAAUCAGCUCGAGAUGCAGAGGCAUGUCUGCGAAACGCCGGGUGGCAGGCCGCCGCGGUCCCGCAGUACGCACCUCAAUACUACGACCCAGCGAUCGACAAGCAAGUCGUCCUGGAUUACCCUGGUGCGGAGGAAACCACCGUUGUGCUCCUCUCUGUCUAUACGUGGCCCGGAAUCACACUUUCGGUCGAGGCCGAUAGUCAUUAUCCGACACUGCCGGAAAUGUACAACGCUCUUGCGCAACGCUUUCUCGACACGGAUUGUCUGGCUUUUAGACAGUAUCUCAACAUCCAACUAGGAUACCUCUAUGAGGACUGUGUGGACCUCGCUUCUUCGGACUUCUUGGCAAGGCUGCCUACCGACAUACAGCAGUUUCAUCUUGACUGGCGGUCCGGGACAUUGUGGAUGGACACAACCAUGACGCUGGAGCACGAACGGCGCAUCCGUGAGCGCGUCAGGAGGGGCGACUGGCAGCUCAUGCCCCAAGGCUCCGCAGCGCUCGGCGGCUCAAAGGCGGAUCGCGAUUUCGAGGCAAGGUUGUCUGCUGAGGCCAACAAGGCCAACGAGUGGAGGGCCUCGUCUUGA